ACUUGCGCGUUGGAUCCUCUGGCAGCGUGAUGUAGGCAAGCAGGAGCAGCUGGGUCUGGGCCGAACGGGGUCAGAUCAAGCAGCAGGGUCGGUCGACUAGGUCACAAUAUUCAUCAUGGCCUGGGGAUAUUGGAGUGCUACGUCAGUUCUUCCGGAUAGGGGUCGGUCUCCCCGUCGCCAGGCAACUACAUGUGUGCCGGUAUCGGCGGCCCCUGCAGGUCCCGGCCUCAACAGUGUCGGAACCGUUGGUGGCGGUGAGAACGGAGCGGGUGGUACUGGUGGCACCCUUCCUCAUCCAGGAUCUGCUCGCGCCGAGGCGUUAUCGCGACGGUCGUCUGUGGAUGUAGGCAUCUCGGGGCCAGGGGGCGCCCUGGCUGUGGUGCUGUGCGGUGGCAGUGGCCACACGUCCAGAGAGAGGGGCAACAACAGUUCCGGCAAUAAAUUCGAGUUUCGACAUCAGGAACAUUGUCAGUUGCAUCAACCUGCCCUGGUCGAAUGUCACCACGAAUUGUCAGCCUCGGAUGACGAAGACGCCGAUCCUGGAUAUGCCACAGUAUUCCCCAAUGUGCCGACAGCGCCGGGGAUGCCUUGCCAAGGAGAGGACAGGAGUAUCUACAGGCGGGGGGCGAGACGAUGGAGGAAGCUGUACCGUGUGAAUGGACACAUCUUCCAAGCCAAGCGGUUCAACCGACGAGCGUUCUGUGCCUUUUGCCAAGACCGCAUCUGGGGUUUGGGUCGCCAAGGUUUCAAGUGUAUACAGUGUAAAUUAUUGGUUCAUAAAAAGUGCCAUAAAUUGGUACAAAAGCCCUGCAGUAAUGAACAAGUGGAGCCUAUAUUCAAAGAAGAGACAAAUGGGGAGACACCAACACUCAGUACUCCAACUUCUGAACUUUUACCAGAUCUAAAGGAGUUUCCCGAGCCCCCAUUGGACCUUACUUCAGAUUGCAUCCCCGUUGAGGACCCAACAAAGAGUGAGGAAUCUCUAGAACCAGGCUCACAGCGACAGUAUUCCCUGGUUGACUUCGAACUGAUCCGUGUUAUUGGCAGAGGCAGCUAUGCUAAAGUGUUAAUGGUGGAACUCAAGAAAACACACCGGAUAUAUGCCAUGAAAGUCAUUAAGAAAGCCCUUGUGACGGAUGAUGAGGAUAUUGAUUGGGUACAGACAGAAAAGCAUGUUUUUGAGACAGCCUCAAACCACCCCUUUCUGGUGGGACUGCAUUCGUGCUUCCAAACACCAAGCCGACUCUUCUUUGUCAUUGAAUUUGUUCGAGGAGGAGAUCUCAUGUUCCAUAUGCAGAGGCAGCGCAGGCUUCCAGAAGAGCAUGCACGUUUCUAUGCAGCUGAGAUCAGCCUUGCUCUGAACUUUCUGCAUGACAAAGGUAUUAUAUAUCGUGAUCUGAAACUAGACAACGUUCUCCUAGACCAUGAGGGCCAUAUCAAGUUGACAGAUUAUGGAAUGUGUAAAGAAGGGAUAAGGCCUGGUGACACGACCUCCACGUUCUGUGGAACACCCAAUUACAUAGCACCAGAGAUACUCAGAGGAGAAGACUAUGGAUUCAGUGUUGACUGGUGGGCUCUGGGAGUGUUACUGUAUGAAAUGUUAGCAGGCAGAAGCCCCUUUGACAUUGCUGGUGCCUCAGAAAAUCCUGACCAGAACACUGAAGACUAUUUGUUUCAAGUGAUUCUAGAGAAAACCAUCCGUUUUCCUCGGUCAUUGUCUGUGAAAGCUGCAUCUGUGCUCAAGGGUUUCCUGAACAAGAACCCCGCUGAUAGAUUAGGCUGCCAUCGAGAAACUGGAUUCCUUGACAUAGUCAACCAUCCCUUCUUCAAAAGCAUUGACUGGGAAAUGCUUGAGCAGAAGCAAGUGGCCCCCCCGUACAAGCCUCGUCUCGAGUCGGAUCGAGACCUCGCCAAUUUCCCGCCAGAGUUCACCGAUGAGCCAGUUCAUCUCACGCCUGAUGAUACGCGGGUGAUUGAGAAGAUUGAUCAGACUGAAUUUGAAGGUUUUGAGUAUGUGAACCCACUGCUCAUGUCACUGGAAGACUGUGUGUGACGUCAGGACUUGGCCCACCAUCUUGAUGACGUGCUAGUGAUGUCAGAUGAAGAGAUGAGGGCCGAUGACAAUGGCAGCGGACGAGGCAUCCUGCAUCAGAUGUUCUGCCUUCCGUUACACUAGGACAUAGCACACGUUAUAUAUAUA